AAAUCAUUCAGAGAAAAGCUAAAGGGGAAGCAGCAAUAUCUUGCCAUGUAUUCUAGCAUUUUUUGUGGGAUAACAACAGACCCAGCUGCUAUGGUUAUCCCCAUGGAUGACCACAUGGUCCAUAGAGGCCAUGGUGUCUUUGAUACUACAGCAAUAAUGGACGGAUACCUCUACGAUCUAGAUCAACACCUUGAUCGCUUUCUAAGGUCAGCAUCCAUGGCUAAAAUAAAUCCUCCAUUUGAUCGUGGAAGCAUACGAAGAAUACUCAUACAAACUGUAAGUGCUUCCAAGUGUAGAAAUGGAUCGCUAAGAUAUUGGCUCUCAGCAGGACCUGGAGAUUUUGAGCUAUCUAGCUGCCACCAAUCGGCUCUUUAUGCAAUUGUAAUACAGGAUCUGUCACUGCUUAAUAUCAGAGGAGUUAAAGUGGUGACUUCAUCUGUUCCCAUUAAACCUCCCCAGUUUGCAGCCAUUAAAAGUGUGAAUUACCUUCCAAAUGUGCUCUCAAAGAUGGAAGCUGAAGAAGUUGGUGCUUUUGCAGGCAUUUGGCUUGAUAGUGAUGGGUUUGUUGCUGAAGGGCCUAGUAUGAACUUGGCUUUUGUCAGUGAAGAGAAUGAACUUAUAAUGCCUCAAUGUGACAAAAUUCUAAGUGGAUGCACAGCCAAGAGAGUUUUAACCCUUGCUGAGUGUUUGGUGAGGGAGGGUAAGCUUCAGGGGAUAAGGAUGAAAAACGUGACCGUGAAAGAAGGGAAGAAAGCAAAUGAAAUGAUGCUUCUUGGCAGUGGAAUUCUUGUUCGCCCUGUAGUGCAGUGGGAUGAGCAGAUCAUUGGAGAUGGCAAUGAAGGACCUAUAACCCAGGCUCUCUUGAAUCUAAUUGUUGAGGACAUGAAAUCCGCCCUUCCAACUAUUGGCAUACCUGUUCCUUAUUGAGGAAAAAUUUCUUUCAAUAUAUCUUAUGAUGGAGCUCCAAACAUAUAAAUUUGGGCAUGGGUAUGAUCUUUGAAGACCGUGCCAGUAACUGCUUCUCAUUGG